AUGAGUUCAUUUGAUACGAAAAAGUCAAAUAUACUACCGAAUACUUAUAUUCCAGUAUUAUCAAACAAAGUAUUCAUCAAUAUCCUACUGCGAUUGCCCAAACUUUCCUUAGUGGAAUUCCUACAAACAUGGCCCAAAUUGAUCAAUACUCAACCUCAUAUCGAUAAAGAGAACUCUCACCAUAAUCAAAAUACAUACAACCAGAUCGUCAUUAAAGAUGGGAAAGAAUUAAAACGAAAUUUGGCAAGAUUACCCAAACGGAAAGUCAUAGAUAAGAUCAUAUUUCAAUAUUGGACUAAAGGUUUAAAUUUAUUACAAUUAUCCCAACUUGAUUGUCAACUUAUUGUCGACCGUCCUAAUUCCUUCUAUUGGAUCAAGUCUACCGUUAAGGAUAGUUUUAAUAGAGAAGUACCGAUCCUGCUUGAUCCUCAGAAGUUUCUUAAUUCAUUGGUGCAAGAUCUUAAUUCAUUAUAUUUAACUUAUAUUUAUAUUUGUAAACAUCCAAGUUUGCCAUCAGUUAUUAUCCGAGUUCAAUUAUUUGAUUUACAAAGUAUAAACCAUACCACUAACUCAAUCACAAAACAACCUCAUAUUGUAUCUCAUCGAGCUCAUUUCAUUGCUAUACCGUUAAAUUCACCUCAUAUAAUGCAUUCGGUAGGAAAUGAUAUAGUGACGAAUCUAGUCUUACAAGCCGUAGAACGGAAUUUACCUCAUAAUCCUCAUAAUUUAUUAAAACUACAUACUGAAGAGAAUCAAACUCCAAUACGAUCACUCGAGUCUAUGCAUGUUUUGAAUGGGAAUUCUAGAUUUGGUAAUAGUCUUGGUAUUUGGACCCCAUAUGCUGAUGGAACUGCAGAUGCUUUACCUUUACAGCCAGUUGAAAAACAUAAAACAUUGAACGGUGAUGAAGAUGAAGUUAAUGGUGGGGAUAAUGGGGACUCUUUAGAGAUGAAAAGGUUAAAGAAAAUAGCGAAUUUAAGAUUUAAAGGUUCAAGUUCAGGAAACUUUAAGUCAUCUAAAUUUUAUGACGACGUUAAUGCCAAUCCUAGGAAAAGAAGAAGAUUAUUAGAACAAGAGAAUCUUGAUGAUGAUCUGAACCAUGCUGACGAUAAUAUAAUAGUAAAUGAAUUUGCUUCGAUUGCACCCAUAUCAUUUGCUGAAUUUAUCAUUCAAGAAAAAAUCAAUGAUCAAGAUGAUUCAAAUAUAUCUAUCAAAUUCAACGGAACCGAUAUUUAUGCAGGUUUACAUGAAUUAUCAGUUCUAACUGCAGAUAAAGACAAGAUGAUUUUAAAUCCUUCCCAAUGGUAUUAUAAAAAAUUCAGAAUUCAUUAA